AUAAAAACUUAUUCUGUACGACACAGGUUAUUAGCAUAUUAUCCCAUAGUUUAGUAAUAGGCCAUGGAAGCUGUUAUUGCCCUGUGUCAUUUCUGUGAACAACAUGGACCGAGCGUAAUGUUUACAUGCGAGAAAAUAUUAGAUGUUUUUCAACACGCUACUGCACUGACACCUGAUGUAACAUCAGAGUCAGGAUCGGCAGAAACCUCAUCUUAUUCAUCAUCUGUACCAACAUCAUUAUCAAUGGAUUCCACUCUAACUAAUGUUGGGAACCUUGGUGGAAAUUUAAGGAAGAUGGAUUUAUGCGAAGCUUGCCGGUCAUUAUCUGAAGAUGACCCAGGUUUUGUAAGUUACGAUCGGGACAGCGGAACAAAGUUUGUGAGCACACAACACCCGCACAAUCCGGAAGUGUUUAGACUGGUACGACAAGCGUGUGUUCGUAGUUUAAGCUGUGAAGUUUGCCCGGGGAGAGAAGGCCCUAUUAUGUUUGGCGACGGCCAACAUGGUUACGUCAUCAGUUAUACUUUCUAUGUUAAAGACAAUUUAGCAAGAGGACUUCAGCGUUGGUACAGCAUUAUCUGUAUUAUGAAGGACAGAGUGUUUCUCAUCCAAUCUUGGCCAUUCCUUGUCAGUUGUAUUGGGAAUAUUAUUCAAUACAUGCAAAGCUGUGCAGAUUCCGUUUACAAAAUUGAAUCUUCCGAAUCUCCCCAACAUAAAACUCGGAUGCUGCCUCGUGUGUCCAACGUUGUAACACCUCAUAACUUUCGCCAACACAGGGGACACAACUCCAAUGCAAGAGCCCUCAUUCAACUGACUGGCAACCCUGAGUUGUAUCCGUAUCUCCACACAGCAUUUACAUGGAUCAUGCGCGCGUGUAAAAUGAGGUUCAAGGAAAAGAUCGUACAAGGAGCGAGGAUGGACGAUGAUGUUGUGCGAGAUGAGAUCAUUGAACGAACCUCACGAUCUAACUCACUCGCAACGGAUGACAUUGACGAGAUCCAAGCUGAUUUUAAUAUGAUAUCUAUUACCAGCCCGUGCUCAAGUACUGAGCCUAUAUUCACAUCGUUACGACACAUGAGAGAGGUGUUGCAACCUCCUUUGUUUAAAGCAAUAGCUUGGCAUCUUGUGGUUGGGAACCAAGUUAUUUGGAAAGGACAAGAUCAAGAUUUGAUAACUUCUGCACUUGUUGUGCUUAAACAACUGUUACCAGUUGGUUGUGUGAAAAUGCAAACAAGAUCAGACAAGUAUUUAAACUCAUAUAAAGCCAACUUGUUAGGUUUGACAGAAAAAGCUUGUGUGCCAUCUCAUGUUAAAUCAGCUGAACAUUUUAUUUUGAUUCACGUUCUUCGGAAAAAUAACAACGGACAGAAAUUCAGUCACAUUUAUCCUUCAUUGCCCCCAAACAAUAAUUCAAUGAAUGGAAUUGAAUUUCGUGUGACAAACAGUUGUAUUUUGCCGGAGAAAGGUCCGGAGAUGUUGAACAAAGUUGAGGUUGCCAUCGCUAACGACAGCUUGUCACCAGAAGUUGUCAGACAUUGUUUAAUUUGUUUAAAGGAAGAAUGGAUGAACAAAGUGAAAAUUCUUUACAAAUUCACGAAGAUCGAUAACCGAGACAAAGAAGAAACUGCACGAAUGCUCCAAGGAUGUCUUCAGUGCACAGAUGAUGAUGUUAGACUCCUAAAGUUCUGGAUGACUGGACUCUCUUCCAAGUUUAAGGAGGAACUUCGUCAAUCAGCGUUGAUGCCUGAAUGAUUGAUGAAGUUUGUUAUCCAUUCAAUGUAACUUAUUUAUCCUCAAGCUAGGGGGGGGACACCCGUCGCUAUAACAUGGCUGUUCUGUUUCAUACAUCUCCUGCCGCUUAUAAUUUACAAUGUCUGUUAUUUAAUUGGCUGAUAAUUUAGACCCAUAUAUAUAAACUCUUGAUUAAAGCAAUUAUUGCCAAGUGUCUUGCCCAAGAACAUAUACUACACCUACAAUGGUUAUGACAACAAGCCUUCAACCCAUGACCUCUGGGUUAGAGGUAUGCACGCUAAUUAACUGGGCAACGGCACAGGAUAGGUUUUUAAAACUUUAGUGCUGUCAACAUCAACUAGAUAAUCAAACAGUUUGUCUUCAUUUUCUUUCUUUCAUGUAAAUAUGAUAUUGAAGUAUUUAAAUUAUAGGUGAUUCUUGUCAUUAAAUUUAGAAGAAAUCACGGAUGAAAA